AUCAAUGUGGGGGCUGGGACAGCUCUAGUUCUACUAUCUCUUCUUUCCCAAAAUGCACUCUUUGAAGCUUAGCUUAAAUUUCUGGCUUGGAUUUAAAGGAGCAAAGGGAAGAGGGGCCUCUUGGCCCUCUUUUAUCAUUCCAUCCUACAAGUUUCUAUAUGCUUGUUCAGUGCCUAGCUAGCAUGUGUUCUCUUAACCAAUGCUUGCUUGUUUGCUGGCCCUUUUUCUUCAAUCAAAAUCUGCUUAUCUAAAAUGCCAAUUGGGUCCCUUUUCUUCCAUCUCCAUGUCUUAUAACAUAUAAAACUCCAACGGGGUUGUUUUCAUUUUCCUUUCCAACUGUAAUAUGUCAUCUGUCUGAUUUCUUUUCAUUUUGGCCCAAUUUUUGGGUCUGGGAGCUUGAUGGAGGAGACAUAAAAGAAGCUGCCUAUAUAACCCUAUGCAUUUCAAUUUUAGACAUGUCGGUACCUCUAACAACAUAUAUAGAAAUUUCAACUCUACACAAAAUUUUCAUACGAAACAGAGUAAAAUUUAUACUCAGCACACUCUAAUAAGGUUUCAUUACAUUAUUUUAUGAAACUCUGUAUAAAAUUUGUGUAUGGAAUAACUAAUAUUGGCAAUGAUGUUAAGAGGCCUGUCUGUUCCCUUCUUGUAUCUAUUCGAGUAUAUACAGCUCCACACUAGACACUUUCUGUGUGGGCAUGGACCAUGUGUUGGCAACUGAUCACAUCUUAAUUACUAGGAUAGAUAUAUAGGAUGGUAAUCACACAAGCUGCCUAUUUAAAGAAACCUUCAUGUGGGAAGAUGCUUCUAUGAUCAACUCACAGAAAGCAGAAGCCUCUCUUUCUUUCAUUCUCUUAAGCUCUAAUAAUUAAUCUCGUUAAUUAGGCAGCUCUCAGUUGCAUGGAUUCCAUUGUCAAUCCCACCGUUUCAGAAGCCCAUCCUGAGACCAUGGAUUUCCUCUCCAGAGCUUGGUGCCAAUUCGCAGUCCAGACCUUCCAACCAGAACUACAAGAAGAUAGAUCAAUCAUUCUCCAUGAAAAUUCAAUCAGGAAGCUUGAGGGUGAAACCAAAUCUCCUUUUCCUAAGAUGGAGAAGAGUGCAAAGAUGGAAGAUGCAGACAGGACCAUGCCAUCAUGGAAAUCCAAUGAUGUGAAGUCAUGGAUAUGGAUGCAACAAGCAAUGCACCCAGAACUGAACUACAGCAGCUGUUUCAGAAAGAAAUGGUUUCCAUGGAAGAUAGCCCCAUUGAAGCAUGUAUCCAUCAAGAAAUGGCUGAAAGAGAUUAAGGAGAAGAGGAAGGAUGACCGGAGGCUGCAAAGAGCCGAAGUGCACGCAGCAAUAUCUGUUGCCGGUGUUGCUGCCGCCCUCGCCGCCAUAGCCGCCGAGAACUCGAAACACGACGCUUCGACCACCACCAAGGACUCCGCCGUGGCCUCCGCCGCCGCCCUGGUCGCCGCCCAGUGCGCCCAAGUGGCCGAGGCGAUGGGCGCCAAGAAGGAGCAGCUUGGCUCUGCAAUAAGCGCGGCCAUGAGUGGCACCACCACUAGUGACAUCGUUACUCUCACAGCGGCCGCUGCCACAUCACUAAGAGGAGCCGCUGCGCUUAAGGCAAGAACAGCAUGCAAGAACAGAUUAAAUUGGACUGCACCCGUGCUGCCAAUUGAUCAGGAGAACAAUCAUUUUGAAUUUGAUUUUGAGAAAUACAGAUCAAUUCUUGCCAAGGGUGCUGACCUCCACAUUGAAACCUCGGACCGAAGAUGCAUGGUAAGAUCGGUGUCUAUUAUCCUAACCAAUGAAGCUAAGGUUAUCCUCAAGACAAAGAAGAUCAAUGUAUUAAAUGUUCUGGCAAGCAAGAAGGAAAGUAUUGUGUUAGAUUUACAAGCAGAAUUAUAUGAAGACUCAGAAACUGACACAUGUUAUCUCAUCGUUCUAACAACGAACAAAGGAGUAAUCAAGAUCGACAUGGCCGACGAUUAUAGCCGGUACAAGGCCUGGGCUGCAACCAUUAAUCACAUGCUAAUGAUCUCUACCUCCCUGACAAAACAUGAGCUUCAAUUUAGCAAAUUUUAAGAAACAGAUCACCCGGUUUUCAUGUGUUUAAUCAUUUGAUAAGAUCUCUUAAGU